AAACAGUAUCAACAGUAUGGUAUAACUUCAAGUCGGGUAUCAACUCUUAGAAGUUUGUAAAGGGAUUAUAUCUCAGUAAAUCGAAAUAUUGACAGUAUGUCUUGGCCUGCUGGAUGUCCCAACGAACCGUCAACUGAAAAUCAAGCGAAGGAAGAGGCUGCAGUAAGUCAAAACCAAGCAACAGAUGAAUCUAUUUACCAGGAGCCUGCAGAUAGCCAAGAACGAACGGCGCUUCGUCGUAAACAUCGAAAACAAAUCUUAAACAGAAAGCCCAAAAAGAAUGUCGACGAUAUAAAAAAAAUGCGCGAUAUGCUUGACUUAUUUGAGCUGCUUCACAUAUCGUACGACUCUGAACAAAUGAACCUUCCAGAAAUGAGAAAGAUAGCGAGAAAAGUAAUCGAAGAUCAACGUUCUGGAAGUGGAAAAUAUUCAAAUGGAACAACGGGAUUUGAGGUGAUAGCGAAGGCUAAAGAGGAGGAUGAGAAGAAACGAGAGAAUUUGGAGAAGUUUUAUUUCGAGAUUGAAGAGUGUGUCGGGAAAUUGGAUGUUUACACGAUUCCGGUCCUAAACGUCUACUAUGGCAAUCGUAGUAUUUUGAAUGUUUUGGCAGAACAAAGGCGACGCUUAACGAACACAGAAUAUAACGUUCUUAUUGCAGGUGAAAGUAGUGCUGGAAAAAGUAGUUUAGUGAAUCUUAUUCUCGGAGAAGAGCUUCUUCCACAUCACGUUCUCAAUACCACUUCCACAAUAUGCGAAGUAAAAUAUGGAGAGAAACGAGAAUUGAUUGCUCACUUAAAGUAUGAUGAACAAUCAGGGAAGCGACGCGUACCUAAAAUACAAGAGUUGAAAACAAAAGAAGAAGGUGGCAAAAAUUACUGCGAUCAAAUUGCUCCCUUCGUGCAAGUGCAGUCCGACGAGCGAGAAAAGGGAUCCCGAUAUACUAGAGUAGAAAUCUUUUGGCCGCAAGAAUUACUUCAGGAAGGUGUUGUUAUUAUUGAUAGUCCAGGCCUGGGUGAAUCUGAUGAUAUGGACGAAGUUCUGAUGAAAUAUCUUCCGAAUGCUCUUGCGUUUAUCUAUGUUCUUGACACUUCCCGUGCUGGAGGAGUACAACAAGAUAUCAAAGAAAAGCUAAAGACCAUCUUAAAAAAGGUGAAGUCCUCCGAUGCCGGCGUUGAGACCCUUCAACAUUUAGCCGAAUGUUCCCUUUUUAUCUGCAAUAAAUGGGAUCAAGUAGAAGAGGAUGAAAGGUCAGAAACGAAGAAACAUGUCGUCGCAAAGUUAAGAGAGUGUUGGGAAGAUUCAAAUUUAAAUCAUCAAAUGGUGUACAUGUCAAUAAAAGACGCCAUCAAAGCACAAGAGUAUGGCGGACUUACUGAAGAGUUCAGCGAUUUGCUCAAAAAAAUAGAGACGCUGGUAUUGAGGGCAAGGAAUAUCAGCCUAUACAAUCAAUGGCAGUGGUUGUAUACGUUGCUGUAUAAUAUUCAUAGAGUAACGUAUUUCUUCAGCCAAGAAAUACAAUCAUCUCACGAAACAACUCGUGAAAAGAUGGAAUUCAUCAUUAAACGCAUAGAAAAAAUUGAAAAACAAGAGCAAGAGGUGAAAAAGGACAUGGCAGAAAGAGUGGAAUAUCACACAAAAGUUCUCCUCGCCAAACUUGAAGAAUAUAUACAUUCGAUGGAUUUCAAAACGAAGUUCUGUACUUGGGAUAACGGUGCAUUUCCCCCGCAUGGAAUAACUUGGGAAGUAACAAGAAGCAAUGUCAACAUGGCAAUUGAUAACCGAUUCAAAGAAUUGCUUAUUGAGUGGGAGAAUGACCAUCAAGUUUAUGCUGAAAUUCACAGGCAGCUUCUGGACGAAUUCCGUACAAGGCUGAAUCUUUUGGAAGAGGAACUUCAAGGUGUUGACAAGGCGAUGCAUAGUGUGGAAAGACAAGCUGAUUAUUUGAAGAAUCGAAGUAAAAUUUCGACAACAACCAAAGUUAUCUUCGGUGCAACGAGCCCUCUUUGGAUUCCCUUUGGUGUGGCGGGGUUGGUGAUUGGUAUGCCUGUUUUGGGAGCAAUGGCGGUAAAACGCAAAGUAACUAUAAGAAAGAAGUUUGACAAUUACCAAAACAAUCCGCGUGACUAUCUGAAAAAAGAAUCUGAAAAAUAUCUGGAGCGACUGCCAAAAGAAUACGUGUUAGAAUAUGCCCAACGCCAGAUGGAGAACACCAAAAUGGUGCUAUCAAAAUAUGGAGAUCAAAUUCCCAUCCUGAUCGAGGCUGAUCGUAAACUGGUGACGCAAUUAAUUAAUGAUACCCGAAGUCAGGAUGAAAUAUUGAAACUGUAUGACCCAAUUCAGAAGAAAAGCAGCGAGAUGAUAAAUAAAAUCCUACCGUGGGGAAUCGAGGUUUGUCCAGAAACAAUAAAUGCCAGUGAUCUUGAAUGGAAACGAGACAUGAAUUCAUUGAUUGGAGAGGGAGAGAGUUCCACAGUGUUCAAGGGGAAGUUAAGUUGUCCCAGACCCAGAUCGCAGACUUCUAAAAUGGAAGUGGCAGUGAAAGUAUUCCAACAUCCAUUUGAUGAAACGAAUUCAAAAUUCUUUCUGUACGAAGAACUGAAGAUCAGGGAUUUGCAUCAUGAAAACGUUCUCAAGUAUUUUGGAGCAACCCGAAUUUCUACUCCUCGUUCAUCAUACAAGUACAAAUUCAUAUUCGUAAUGCAAGCAGGUCGACAAAACCUAAGAAGUGCCAUCUUCCGUGACCGAACUCUAACACCUGCAGAAUCUGAAAACUCCAAACUAGCAAUUGGCAAGUUCAUUAAGAGGGCGAUGGACAUAGCAGCUGGUCUAAACUACAUUCACGAGAGAGGACUCAUCCACAGACAUCUCAAGCUUGAAAAUAUUCUGGAAGGCGAAGAUGGGACAGCGAUGAUAUCUGAUGUUGGGAUUGUGGGUCGAUUUCUGAAAAUACCGAAAAGCAUCACCCAUCUUGCACCCGAGGUGCUCGAAGACCUCACGAAUCGUACAAAAGAGGCAGAUAUCUACAGUUAUGGUAUUGUGUUGUGGGAGAUGUGGUAUGCCACCCAGGCGUUCAACGAAAUUAUGCCUAUCGAAAACGUCACCGAUUUCCGAGAAAGGCUGGUUGAAGGGUAUCGUCCAGAAAUAGAUAACAACAAAAUCAACAUACCAAAAAUACAUGGGGUCAUGGUGGCAAGCUGGGCUACUGAGGUUGAAAAAAGAUGGUCCGUGAAGAUGUGCUACGAUGCAUUUUCGGAAAUGACAGAAUGGAGAAUGGAACGUCCAAAUGAACAAGACGCAUUACUGUAGCCGGACUGAAGGCCGAUAUAGAAUAAGAACAUAUAGCCUGGUAUCAACAUAGAUACAAGUAGAUAAGGAUAGACGACAUGUACACGGUUUUGGUAUUUUUAUUGAUAUAAAUUGCACGUUUUAAUUGAAAUAUAAAACGCAAACUUCAUAACGCAUGAAUUUAUAGCAAUGGCAUUAAUAGUAGUUAUUCAGAAGAUACUCACGAUGUAGCAAAUAAGUAUCGAUUACAGUGUAGUAGU